UCAUAUUUUCUAUUAAAGGCAGAACUGAACCGUUUCCAAGAUACGAAGAGACUGCUUCAAGAUUAUUACAGGGGAAUGGAAUGUAAAAUCCCAACAGAUGACACUAAGAGAUUUACUCGAGUCCCAUUGGUCCAGCUGGAUAGUAAAGAUAUUUUGGAGUUCCAGCUUAGAAUUCCCCUAGUUCAUCAAAGACCCAGCUCUCCAGAGUCAGCUUUAUCCAAACCAAAAACAAAAGCCAUACUGAAGGGCAAGAUCGAUUACUCACUGGAAAACGUAGAGUUAAACUUUGAGGCCGAUGAGAAGAUGGUGAUUGACACGUGGCAGCAGUCUUCUUUAGCAAUAUCUCACAUGGUGGCUGCUGAAAUUUAUCAGAGACUCAUGGAAGAAGAAAAAGAAAACCAGACAGCAGAUGCAAAAGAAAAACCUCCUCAGGUAGCUGCAAAUAAAAAAGUGAAAAAGGAGCCGCCCAAGAAAAAAAAAGAGGACAAAAAAGGAAAAGGUAAAUCCCCACCUAUGGCAGAAACCACUCCUGUAAUAGUAACAGCAGAGGAGGCUGAAGAAAUGGAAAUAAAAAACAAACUGAGGCUCAGAAUAAAGGAAGAGCAUCUUGCUGCCCUGCAAUUUGAAGAGAUAGCUACACAGUUCAGACUUGAAUUGAUCAAGGUAAAAGCACUGGCUUUCCUGGAAGAGUUAGUAACAAAGGCAGUUGAUGUAUAUAAACUCAUGGAAAAGUGGCUCGGUGAGAGGUACUUGAAUGAAAUGGCCAGUGUGGAAAAAUUAACUGAGGUAGCUCGCUAUCACAUUGAAACAUCAACCAAAAUUCAGAAUGCACUUUACUUAGACCAAGACGACUUCUGCAUUAACGGCGAUACAAAAGUCUUUCCAGACCUGUCUCCUCCGAUACGCCCUCCACCUGUAGAAAGGGAAGAAAAUGGCACCCUGACCAUCGAACAGCUUGGCAGUCUUCGGGAUCAGUUCUUAGAGAUAGCACCCAAAGGCAUAAUAGGAAACAAAGCAUUUGCUGACGUUCUGCUGGAUUUGGUAACCCUGAACCUUGGAACAAACAACUUUCCUAGUAGUUGGAUGAACCUCACUCAACCCGAAUUGCAGGAAUUAACAUCUUUAUUGGUAACAAACUCGGAGUUCGUGGACUGGCGGAAAUUCUUGUUAGUAGUCGCGCUGCCUUGGCCCAUUCCUCUGGAGGAGGAGCUCUUGGAGACCCUGCAGAGGUUCCAGGCUGUGGAUGAGGAACACCUGGGCACAGUCACUUUCAAGCAGUAUAUGCAGGCUGGUCUGUGGUUUACGGGAGAUGAAGAUAUAAAAAUUCCAGAAAAUCCCCUUGAACCUCUGCCAUUCAAUAGGCAGGAGCAUCUUAUAGAGUUUUUCUUUAGAUUACUUGCUGACUGUGAGAAGGAUCCACCUCAGCUUGACUACACACAGAUGCUGCUUUAUUUUGCUUGCCAUCCAGACAGUGUGGAAGGGGUCUACAGGGCCCUCAGUGUGGCCACUGGGAGUCACGUCUUCCAGCCAAUUGAAAUGCCUUCUCUUGGUGCAGAAAAGACCUCCUCCUUUACUGAUAUGAGUCCCAUUGAGGAAUGUCCUGAACUUGAGGACAAUUUUAUAAGUGAAGAAAGGGAAUUACAAGAGGAAGGGGAGGAAAAGGAAGAAGAAAUCUCUGAAAACGCGAACACGGAAAUGAUUUCCAUGGAAACGCUGCUCAAAGUGUUCCGAGGAGCAAACGAAGCACAGGACGCUAACAGAUUUGCCAGCCACCAAAAGACAGAGAACAUGUAUUCAGAGAACUUCAUAAAAGUAUUUCAGGACCUAGGUUCCAAGAAUCUGGAGCCAAUUGAAGUUGCUAUUCUUCUGAAGCAUCCUUUUAUUCAAGAUCUGAUUUCAAGUUAUCCAGACUAUAAAAUCCCUGAUGUUAAAAUAAUUCUCCAAAGGAGUGAGCAUGUACAAGGAAGUGACGAAGAGAGGUCUCCUUCCAGACUCACAGAGGAAAAGAAAUGAAGACAAGAGAGGGGCAAUGAAUCUUCCAGACAUCAAGUGUAAACAUGGUGUUUGUUGUAUACAUUAUCAUCAUAAGUGUAGAAAUGACCCCUACCAGGCUAUGAGGGGCACGGAAAAGGGAGUCUUCCUUAACUUGGAGAAUAUUCUGUAAUAAACUUUAAAUUUCCAAGCAAAAA